ACCUACCUCUGCCUAACUACCUUCUUCUCUCAUCCUUUCCAAGUAUUCAGAGCAUUUUUCUUCCUUGAACUGGCUAACUUUGAGUUAACUCUGGAGGAAACAACAAACAAAGGGGUGGUGCUCGCCCUAUAUGAAGCCUUGAGCUCACACGACGUCGUUCAGGUCCAGAAACUCCUGGCCUCGGACCUCGAGUGGUGGUUCCAUGGUCCUCCUUCUCAUCAGUUUUUGAUGCGUAUCCUUACUGGAACUGCUAAAUCCGAUCACGUUUCUUUUCAAUUCCUUCCCAAGACAAUCGACGUCUUCGGCUCCAUCGUCCUCGUCGAAGGCUGUGACCCGACCCGAUCCAUUACUUGGGUUCACGCCUGGACUGUCACUGAUGGGGUAAUUACUCAAGUCAGGGAGUAUUUCAAUACCUCACUUACUGUGACCUGUUUUGGGAAGAAAACCCAGUCGGAUAUUUCGUCUAUAACGCCGCCCCUGCAUUGUCCCUCUGUUUGGGAGAGUAGCUUACCUAAUCGGGUCGGGAAAUCUUUUCCGGGUCUUGUACUUGCUCUAUAAAAACGACCCGAUUUGUGCUGGCGUUGCAUCUUCUGUCUGCUAGGAUGUAAGAUUUUAACGGCUAGUUUGGGAUUCUGUCAUUAUUUUCUCUGGUUUGGUUUGGUUUGGCUUGCUAUUUUUAUUUUGAAGCUGGAAUUUGUGCGAGUUUGUUUACAUACAUUAUUGUUGUUCUGAUUUGGGUUUAAAGAAGGGGCCAAUUAUGAUGAUUGGGAGACCCUUCUACUGGAUAUGGAGGUUGGAGUCUUAUAAUGUAUUGGCACGUUUGGUUUGCAAUAAAAUGCAUUUUGCUUGGUUGUUUAGAAAA